GUUCACUGGAGCGACUCUAAAAUAUUCUCCUCUCUUCCUUCUCUACAGGGUUUUCAAUACUCAGCAAGGACGUUGUCGGUAGUGAAAAGUUGAUCAGAGGUGGGAAAAUGCAAGUCUUGGGUGUAGUUGCGGUAAUAUUAGCAGUGUACUGUGUACAUGCAAAGAUCUACUUUCGGGAGGAGUUUCUCGACGGUGAUGAAUGGAGAAGUCGCUGGGUAAACUCCAAACACAAAACUGACUAUGGAGAGUGGAAACUAACAGCUGGCAACUUCUAUGGAGAUGCUGAGAAAGACAAAGGCUUGCAAACAAGCCAGGAUGCUCGCUUCUAUGCCACCUCUGCCCGUUUUGAGCCUUUCAGCAAUGAGGACAAGCCUUUAGUCAUUCAGUUUACUGUGAAGCAUGAGCAGAAGAUUGACUGUGGUGGUGGUUAUGUGAAGGUCUUCCCUUCUGACUUGGAGCAGACUGAAAUGCAUGGAGAUUCCUCAUACUACAUCAUGUUUGGCCCUGAUAUCUGUGGGUACAGCACCAAGAAAGUACACGUCAUCUUCAAUUACAAGGGCAAGAAUCACCUCAUCAAGAAAGAGAUUAAGUGCAAGGAUGAUGAGCUGACCCACAUGUACACGUUGAUCCUGAAUCCAGAUCAGACCUAUGAGGUAAAGAUUGAUAAUGAGAAGGUAGAAUCUGGCAGCCUGGAAGAGGACUGGGACUUAUUGCCUGCUAAGAAAAUCAAGGAUCCUGAAGCUAAGAAGCCAGAGGACUGGGAUGACAUCCCAGUCCUCUGGCUUCUUAGCUUCAGGAUCCUUGAUUUUCUUAGCAGGCAAUAAGUCCCAGUCCUCUUCCAGGCUGCCAGAUUCUACCU